UAAGGAUAAAAAUGAAAUGAGGCUUUAAAGUCUUCCUCUCAAGCCACAUAAAUUGGGAAAAAAAUACUGUCAAAUUGACAAUGUACGUCAAAUAAAUGUCAAACUAUGUCAAACAAAAAAUGGUCAGUUGGUUAAAAAUCGCCGCUGUUUGUUCUCGUUCUCCAGUUAUCCAGCAUUAUUUUCAAGAGUCCUCAUCAAUAAUGGGUAGUUCAUUCUCAAGAUCUUAUUCUCCUAAUAGUUGUGGCAAUAGGGGAGUUGCUGAAUCAGGUGGGACUGGCACAAUAUCUCGCAUGGACUCGACUACACACUAUGUUGAAUCAGUAGUAUGCAAUGAAAAUGACCUGAAGGAUAACGAAAUGAAGGUCUUCGAAGUUGGCGAGUCCGGAAGGGUUCUUCUUAUCAAACAGAAAGGCGAAUUUAGUGCUGUUGGGACAAAAUGUACGCACUACGGAGCGCCAUUGGUGUCCGGUGCAUUAGGUGAUGGUCGAGUGAGAUGCCCUUGGCACGGAGCAUGCUUUAACAUCAAAACUGGGGAUAUUGAAGAUUUCCCUGGCUUUGACUCAUUGCCAUGUUACCAAGUCACGGUUGGUGAAAAGGGCGAAGUUAAGGUACGUGCAAAAGUAAGCGAUUUAAAAUCAAACAAACGAAUCAAGGAUAUAGGCGUUGCAGCGCCUGUAUGUGACGGAGCCGUCGUGGUGAUCGUUGGCGGAGGGCCGUCCGGUGCCACGUGCGCCGAGACCCUGCGCAGCGAGGGUUACCAGGGUCGAAUCACGAUAGUCUCCAAGGAGCCCUACUUACCUUACGACAGGACCAAGGUCUCUAAAAUCGGUGCCGCAUCCAAUAUCGAGACCCUCCAAGCUAGAUCUCAAGAAUAUUACCAAAAUGCCAACAUUGAAAUCCUUAGAAACACUGAAGCCACAAAAGUAGAACCAGAUGAGCGGUUAGUGCACCUCAAUGAUGGCACCAAAAUACGUUACAGCGCUCUGUAUUUAGCAACCGGAUCUGCACCUCGAAAACCGGAUAUUCCUGGAAUAGAUUUAAAAAACGUUUUUACUGUUAGAGAUUACGAAGACAAUACGAAUAUACUCAACACUUUAGGCGAUAACAAAGAUAAGAAUGUUGUCGUCUUGGGGUUAAGCUUUAUAGGAUUGGAAACUGCCUCAUCUUGCAAUGAAAAAGCUAAAUCGAUGACUGUCGUCGGUAAAGACUUCGCUCCAUUGGGUCAAAUAUUUGGAAGAGAAAUUGGACAAAGCCUUGGAAAACUAUUUGAAGAUAAAGGAGUUAAAUUCGAGUUUGAUACCACAAUUACGAAAUGUAACGGUGAGAACGGCAUGAUAAAGUCCGUGGAGCUCGCCAACGGAACUACGCUACCAGCGGAUGUUCUCAUUUUGGGCGUGGGAACGACAUUCUAUACGAAUUUCCUACGUGAUAGCGGUAUUGAAAUUACACCCACAGGUUCGGUUAACGUGAACGACAGGUUGGAGACAAACAUUAAAAAUAUUUACGCAGGUGGCGACAUUGCUAACGCACCAGUAUUCGCAAAGAAUAAUACACAGAUGAGUAUCGGCCACAUAGGACUUUCACAGUAUCACGGGCGCGUUGCCGCAUUAAACAUACUAAAAAAAGAAACGAAGUUGAAAACAGUACCUUAUUUCUGGACGACAGUAUUUGGGAAAUCCAUUCGUUACGCAGGCUGCGGAAAGUCUAAUAGUACUUUAGUUGAUGGUGAUGUAGAUGGACUUAAAUUCGUCAUUUUCUUUUUUGACGAAUCGGAUAAAGUUAUUGCAGUGGCUUCUUGCAUGAGAGAUCCGAUUGUAUCCCAAUUCGCUGAACUACUGUAUCAGGGUAAAAGCCUUUAUAAGAAGGAUCUGAAAGCUGAUGAUCUCUAUGCUUGGACGAAAAAUAUUAACUAAUUUUUUAUACAGCCUUUUGCAUAAAAUUGUACAAUAAUAAGUCGGAUUAUAUAAUUUGCCUCUUGUCCAGCAUUUUAUGUGCCACUUUGGUGGGCACAAAUAUUGUUAGGUAGGUAAAAAAUAGUUAUUUAUUUUCUUUAUAAACCCUACAUUUUAGGUCACUUAAAGUUAAAAGAUAGUUUUAAAAUAUUUUUACCAAUCACAGAAAUAGUAAUCAAUUUUAUUCAAAUGGAAAAACAGAUAAUGCUCAAUUUACAGCAUAAAGCAUAAUCUUAUUUACUUGUCUCAAGUUCUGUCGCAAAAUUGCUUUAUAUACAUGGUGUAUAAUACAAUGUUACAGUACAGCUGCUGAAAUGGAUUGAAGUGUUAAUGUAGGUAUUAUUACAUUGAUAAUUAAAUUAAAAAAGUAUUUCGUUUUGUAGUUAUUAAAAUCCAAAUCACAUAAUAUUAAUAACUUUAACUGUUCAGUAAUAUAUUGAUGCUUUGACACAUAAGUAAAAUAGCUGUUUUAAAUACCUUGAAAUUCUUUUAUGAGUUGAGAGGUAUAUUGUUAUAGAAAAAAAAGAAUAAAAUUUAAUGUAACUCCGUUGUUAUGUGUAUGUUUCAUACACAAUAUCCCAUUUAAUCAGCUAUUCCAUAGUUUUGUACAUCCUGUAUACAAUGGUGACGAUUCAUGAUUCUCUAAACCUAAUUUGACAACAGUGUAUCCUUGUCAUUCUCAAUACAGAAUGAACAGGCUUGACUGAUGUUAAAUUUCGUUUUCAUUUAAAGAAUCAUGCCAACAUCGACACCAUUAUCUCGUAUGGAAAAGAUUAAAUAAUUAUUUAUCUGUCCAUUUAAUACAUAAGAGUCAUUUGUAUGCUAUAUCUAACAACUGCAAGAUACUUUUACACUAUCGUUUUCUGUGAGACAAAUAGAUUCUAAAGUUCCAUAAGGGGUUAAUUUAUGGAUUCAGACAUUCAGUUCAAGUCCAUUGUGGUUUAUAUACUGUGAAGUAUUAAUAAUAA